AUGCAGAGAGACAUGAUGUUCGCCAGACGACACAGUGGCCAGACAGCUCUCAGAGCAGGGCGUUCACUGCUUCCUCAAUACCAUCCUAUGACCCAGCCGGUUUUACCAGCUUCCCUGCGGACGAUGCAAACGGUGAUCAACCUUCAAUCGAAAGAGACCAAGGAACAGGCUAUCGACUUCGAACGCCAAAUACUUAACCCCGAACGAACAGAAACCUGUAAAUCAGGCUCCGACGAUGAAGUUGGUCACCAUAAAUGCUCCUAUGAUCCGUCUACAACCACACCUGAGAGCGAGUAUCUGGCCGACGAGGCAGAGUCCUUACUCGAUGGUAAAGGCCAUCAUCCGCUGUUCGUUAGCCCGGCGAAUUUAGAAGUCAGUCAUUAUAUCGAUCCCAUGUCUGAAGGGGCUGUGCAGGGUGCUGCCAGGCUGGGCCCUAGUGGGAAGGGCUGGACCCGGAAACAUAGGGAGGUGCAUAUCAAAGAUGUUCCUGGGAGUCAGUAUGAGCGUUAUGAGAAGCUUUUGCAGGAACUGAGGAAGCCAAAACAAAGUGAAACCCGCUAA